AUGGAAGAAGCCACUAAUGUAAACAGCUCACGUGUUCAUUUAUGUAAACCAAGCCGAAUGGCAGUAUACGAGGGCUGGGAUGGGAAUCCCUAACCCCGCCCCUUAUAAAAGGCUGCUCGGGUCACCCUGUCCCUCCCAGCCUCACUUCCCACACGAGAAGGCUUGGUGCUGAGGAGACGGCUGUCUCUGCCUGAUCUGACAUACAUUUUCAUUGGACUCCUCUUUAGAUUCCGCACGCGAUGAUGAAUUGCUUCCAGGGCACCAAUGCCUCUGCUCUGGAAAAAGACAUCGGCCCAGAGCAGUUUCCCGUCAAUGAGCACUACUUCGGAUUGGUCAAUUUCGGGAACACGUGCUACUGUAACUCUGUGCUUCAGGCCUUGUACUUCUGCCGGCCGUUCCGUGAGAAUGUGCUGGCAUACAAGGCCCAGCAAAAAAAGAAGGAAAACUUGUUGACGUGCCUGGCAGACCUUUUCCACAGCAUUGCCACGCAGAAGAAGAAGGUCGGCGUGAUCCCACCAAAGAAGUUCAUUUCAAGGCUGAGAAAAGAGAAUGAUCUCUUUGAUAACUACAUGCAGCAGGAUGCUCACGAAUUUUUAAACUAUUUGCUAAACACUAUUGCGGACAUCCUGCAGGAAGAGAAGAAACAGGAGAAACAAAAUGGGAAAUUAAAAAAUGGCAACAUGAAUGAACCUGCAGAGAACAACAAACCAGAACUCACCUGGGUCCAUGAGAUUUUUCAGGGAACGCUCACCAAUGAAACUCGAUGCUUGAACUGUGAAACUGUUAGUAGCAAAGAUGAAGAUUUUCUUGAUCUUUCUGUCGAUGUGGAGCAGAAUACAUCCAUUACCCACUGCCUAAGAGACUUCAGCAACACAGAAACACUGUGUAGUGAACAGAAAUAUUAUUGUGAAACGUGCUGCAGCAAACAGGAGGCCCAGAAAAGGAUGAGAGUGAAAAAGCUGCCCAUGAUUUUGGCCCUGCACCUGAAGCGGUUCAAGUACAUGGAGCAGCUGCACAGGUACACCAAGCUCUCCUACCGCGUGGUCUUCCCGCUGGAGCUGCGGCUCUUCAACACCUCCAGCGACGCUGUGAACCUGGACCGCAUGUACGACCUGGUGGCCGUGGUGGUGCACUGUGGCAGCGGUCCUAAUCGUGGGCAUUAUAUCACUAUUGUGAAAAGUCACGGCUUCUGGCUUUUGUUUGAUGACGACAUCGUAGAGAAAAUUGAUGCCCAAGCUAUUGAAGAAUUCUAUGGCCUGACGUCAGAUAUAUCAAAAAAUUCAGAAUCUGGAUAUAUUUUAUUCUAUCAGUCACGAGAAUAACUUAAAGGACCGUGGGACUAACUCAAGAGGGGGAGUGUUCAAGCACUGUUACUAGGUUCUCUGCGGACUUGCUUCUCCCCGAGGACCACCAAUGUAUUACUCCGAGUCUCAAUGAUCUGGCUGUGUUAGUCUCUCUCUCUCUCUCUCUCUCUCUCUCUCUCUCUCUCUCUUGUUUUUUUUCUACAUGCAGCACUAUUUGUGGUCUUAUUUUAGUCUGAGGUAGAAGUUAACUGCAAUCAGAUUGUAGUAAGAUUUAUAUGAAUAACAGUUGCUAAUUUUAGGGUCGGGUAAACAUUAUGCCACUGGCUGUCUCUGGCUGGAUUAGAAUGACAUGUCCUAGAAUGUCUGCAGUCUGUGUGGAGUCUUUGCUGAGCUUUCUAAGUGGUUUCCAGGGUCUCCUUUCAAUGCAUUCCUUUACCGGGUCCCUGGAAACGUUGCUACCCAUGUUUAGCUUCUCUGCCUCGAAGGACAGAAUUGGAUAGAUGUUCACCUUUAGGGCUGCAAGUAUAGCUUUAAGUGUGUGCAGGUGAAAUUGUUUAAAAGUGAGUAACCUCAGAUACUAAAACCAUGCUCCAGGUGGGGCAGGGUGAAGAGCUGUUCAGGGUGCCAGUGUGUGCUCAGGCUGUGCUCACCUCGAGCUAGAAUUCCCUGGGGCAAAGAGGGUGGGGAGCUCAGAGCAGGCCAAGCCAGGAGGAGGAAGCUUUCAUGGGGAGAGAAAGGUUACUUAUCUUCCUACCAAAACCACAUUCAGGACAAUAACUCCGCUGUGUGUUCUUAGUGCCGCUUUCUCCCGCAAGGUCCGUGCGUCGUCUCCCUCCUCUGCCUGGCACUGCUGAGCAUCUAGGGCACCUUUCCAGGCCUGGUGUCGGCCUUUCGCAGUCCGUGGUCGCAGGGCCAGGACCCCGGUGGCUGCCGCCAGCGCAGCCCUCCUGAGCAGUCAGACCAUCGUUCUGUGCCCGGGAGAACGAGAGCACUGCCCCGGUCGGACCAGCUGCGCGCUGGGCCGCUGUUCACUCUGAGGCAGCUCAGCCUGCUCGCUGAGGCGGUGGCAGCCCAGGCCAAGGUGGCACCUUCCCUGGAGGGAAGACUGGAGUUAACUGGCGUGAAGGUGGGUCGAGGGAAGUGUCGGCGUGGGCGGAGGAGGGAGCCAAACGGCGGCGUUUCUUUGACUCAGGCUCCUAGGAUGCUUGACAGGACGGAGUUUUUUGGAUGAACCUCAUCUCACCCUAGUUAUUUUUUUCACUUUUGUUAUAUAUGUAUUUAUUAGAUCAUUUGAGUAUUGGUACCUUUUAUUAAAAGGGUUGAUGUGGUGUUUUGCCGUGGAGCUGGUUUUUGGUUUCCUACAAAUGCUAUGAGUCAUAGACCUUCCUUUGGGAAGUCGGUUGACCUCCAUACACUAUAAUAUACUGUGAACACAUGAUCUUGUUAUCUAAUAAAUCAGCGAACGAACAUACAGGUGUUUGGCAUAAUGUGAACUAAAAAAUUGAAAUGGAAAAUGUUAGUGGCCAUUUUGCAACAAGUAAGAGCAUAGCACUUUAUCUAGAUGAAAACUGGAUUUCUUAUCUUUGAAAUAUCGUGAACUGUUUAUUGCUCAGAACUUAAAUAAGCAUGCUGACACUUCAUUUGUUCAUGCUUGAAGUGAAAUGUUUUACUUUUCACUGGAGAAGACAAAACAGGGUGAUCUUCACAUUAUUGUUUUAUACGAGUGACAAAAGUAUACAUCGCCUUGUUUAAAGGCAAAUUCAUAUUUAUAAAUAUUUUGUCUGUUUUUUCCUCCAUGAAACGUAUGCAGUGAUCACUUACCAGGAAGGUGAGUUUUUAUUCUGUUAUUAAGGAGAGAUACUUUCCAAUUGAAGGUGAUUGCUGUAGGGAACUGUUUGUACUAUAUAUAACCCAUAUAUUUGACUGCAGGUUGCAAAGUUUAAGAAAAUGAUGGUUGAUAUCUAAUAUAUUUGGAACUGAUUCUUAAGAAAAACUAUUAAAAUUAUCUUUGAAAUGACUCUUGAAGCUAAUUUAUUAGAAAAAAAAUGUUUCAUUUGGAAGCCUGUGUAAGUAAUACCUAAAUGCAUAGAUUCAGGAUGCCUUUUUUUUCUUAUAAAGAGUUUUUUUCCCCAGUGACUUAACUGAAGUAAUUCCUUUUAAUAGAAAGUGUCAGUUAAAAUUCAGUUUCCAUGGAUAGAUUUUUGUAAUAAAAAAAAAAACAAGAGUGGGGGAUGAUGCAAAGACAUGGAAAUGGUCAUGUGAUGCAGGAAAAGAUUGGGAAAAUGCACUUAUCCUCCAGCACUCUGUUGGGUUUUUAAACUUGAGAGCUAUUGGGUAAUUUCUCCCUUCUCUUCAAUUAAUGAAACAGACGCUAGGCAGCUACUUCCCCCGGGUCAUUUCACGUUCUGUAAAGACAGCAGCAUGCACACACUUCUAUUUUUCAUCCCUCAUUCCUCCCCCAGAGCGGAGAUCGGUGUGGGAAACCCGGGGCCAUUCUGAGGCCGAGGAUAGCACGAGGCUCAGCAGUGCCCCCGCGUGGCCAGGGUGUUUACGUGUCGUUUUCGGGAGGGAGACCUGCUGUAUUUUUUUUCAACUGCUGGGUGUUUUAAAAUGAGUUACCGUGUUUUACACUUGACACGAGAAGAAAUACUUGCUUUACUGGCUACUUACUAGCUUAGCAUCUAGAUGAUGGUGCAGUAUGCCGAAAAGGUAGAGUCUGGUAAAAUGCUGACAUUGGUCCUGGAUGUCGAUGCGUUUUCCAUUCUGAGGCUGCGUCAAGUGGCCUGGACUGAGGCAGCCAAGGAGCAACACAGAGGGUGCUGGUCGGAAUAGGAAGCCGGCUGGUUGUGUCGCCUGGUAUAUUCUGGAUGUCAGAUGAAGUGGGGAAAGAAAUGGCAGAAAUGGCCCCCAGGCGUUUAUUUUCCUGGGUACCCCUAACUUCAUGGGCAUGCCUAACAAUGAAUGAUGCUCUAACUGGAGCUUAGGGCUUAUUUUCGAUACUGGAGUGUAGCUUUAUUACAGAUGGACUUUAUCUUUAAACAUUGCAUUUUGAUCAACUUUGUAUAGUCCCGUGUAUUAAAAUAUUGUGCACUAAAUGUUUUGCCCUGUUUUGCUCUCCUGUGAUCAAGGCGUUUAUCAGCACUGUUGUGAUUCACUCUGUAGAUGGCAUGGGUCAGGGAAAGGGUUUCCUACUUUCCUGCCUAAGUAAGUUUCUGUUUUCCAGUAUUACAUUAAUUUAUUUUUGGCUUCCAUUACUGUGUAACCAAAAUAGUUACUCUAUGUGUGUGGCAUUCAUAUGACUUUGUUGCUAAAAAAACAAAAACAAAAACAA